UUCCAUUGUACUCGGAAAGUAAUCAGUUUUUAAUUAUCAUUAACAAUUCCCAAUAUUCAUCGCUUAGUUAUGCCACGACGAAGAUGUUCUUCACCAAUAAACACUACCGUUAAUAAUACUAUUACUACUACUAAUAAUAAUAAUAGUAAUAAUCAUGGAAGAACAAUCAAUACAUCUUUAGGUCAUCAUCAUCAACAUCAUCAUUCAACGCAUAAUAAUGUAAGACUACGUGGAGGUAGAACAAACAAUGGAAUUUCUCCUAGCCAUCAUCAACUUCUAGAUACAUCACAAGAAACACAAGAUUGUCAUGUCUCUUCUACAACUACUAAUCUAAUGCAAGAAAUUCAAAGUUUUCCAAUUGUUACCACCUUACAACUUCAACAAAAUGAUCCAGAACUAGAAGCAGACAAAAAAUUCAUAAUGAGUCAUCCACUUUAUCCUUUAUUGGCUUUAUUAUUACAACAAUGUGAAUUGGCUACAGCUAGACCGGAUUCACCGCCUUCAUUGGAUAAUUUCAGCACAGAAUUAACUUCAUACAUUCAACGUCGUAUAGAAGAAUUACAACAAAAAACAGGCAAAGACGAAAGUAACCGUGAAAUGAAUGAAUUGAAAUCAAGUACAUUGAGAGUAAAUCGUGGGAAAUUAAAUAAAAUUAGUGAUAAAUAUAGAAGUACAGAAGAUGUCAUCAGUAUCAAUGACAAUAAUAAUAAUAAUACUUCAAAAACUACCAUCUCUUCUGGAUAUAACACUAAUCAUUCAUCUUCAUGUACAAAUAAUCAACUUUUAACAACCACGAUCACAACAACAAUUGCACAAAUGACUAAUACUCUAUCAUCAUCGAUUAAUACUACGCAUAAACAGAAUUCAUUGACUAAUGUAAGAAAUAUUAAUGAUUGUUUCUUAGCCAAUGAUAAAAUCAACCAUGAUCUAUCGACUAAUUUUGUAUAUACUACUGAUAAUGAUCAUAGAAAUCGUAAAUCAUUAUUAGAAUGUGAUAAAAUAAUGAAUGCUGGUGCUGAUGCUGCAGGUGUUGAUGAUGCUGAUGAUGUUGAUGAUGAUGGUGAUGAAUUGAAAAAAUUCAAUGGUUCAAUUGUUGAUGAAAGGAAAUUUCAAUUUUUAAGCAAUAAUUCUGAAUUAAAUGAAUUAAUUGUCAAAGCUAUACAAGUAUUACGUAUACAUUUAUUGGAAUUGCAUAAAGUCAAUGAAUUAUGUAAAGAUUUCUGUUCCCGGUAUAUUUACAGUUUAAAGACAAAAUUUCAAUCUGAUCCAUUAAUUCAUGAUUCACAACCAUCUUCUCCUGGAGAAUCUGAAGCUGUUUCUCCAAUCACACCAGGUUGUUACAAUCCUCGCUAUCCUCCUCAUCCUCAUCAUCAUCAUCACCAUAUGCACGGAGCAAAUUUAUCCUGUCAUCCUGGUGGACCAACGGAUAUGAUUCCACCAGGAUAUCGACGUCAUUUAUCCAGCCGACUAGAUGAUGAUUCUUUGUGCGGUUCAUCUGAUGUAGAAAAUCUCCGUUCAGAUUGUUUACAUUCCAAUUCACUUCCCAAUAGUUGUACAGGUUGUGAUAUGAAUGGAUCAUGUUACACUCCGAAUUUUCAAACAGUUAAUUAUAAUUCACCUUAUUUAAUGGAUAAAUCUAUGGUUCAAGACGGCUCAGUGUCUUGUGAUGAGUCACUGUCCCAGCUGCAUUCAUUCCUUUCACCGUAUGGUUCAACUGCUUUAACGAGUGCAGCAUUUCAUGCCAGUUUGGAUGGAUUAUGCCUUGGUGGAAAACAAAAACGUGGAGUACUCCCGAAACGUGCUACUCAAAUUAUGAAACAAUGGCUAUUUCAACAUCUUGUGCAUCCAUAUCCAACAGAAGAUGAGAAACGACAAAUUGCAAGUCAAACAAAUUUAACAUUAUUACAAGUAAAUAAUUGGUUUAUCAAUGCAAGACGUCGUAUUUUACAACCAAUGUUAGAUUCUUCAAAUUUUGUACCACUUGGAAAUAAUUGUAACAAUGUCGAUGGAUCAUCAAACAGAAUGUCAAAUUCCAUGGGUUGCAAUGAAUCACAUGUUAUUAGUAAGAAGAAAAAAGCUGCAACAAGCAGACCUUCGAAUAACCGAUUUUGGCCGGCAAGUUUAGUCGCUGCAGCUGCUAUACAUCCUGCAGCAGCUGGUUUAGUGUCUUCUGGUAGUAGUAAUUUUACCGCUUCAGUCAGUUCGGCAAUUAACAGUUCCAAUACCAGUCACAGUGUUAUUAAGAACGCAACUACAACACAACUUAACUGCCAAAUACUCGAUAGAAGGUCUAAUUCCUUAGACGAAGUAAUCAGUGACACGUCAAUAAGUUCAACGCCAAAACAUCAAAGUAAUUGUGCUUACACUCCUCAAACAUUUGAUUCGUCAGUGACAUUACCUCAAAGUCCUGGACGUAAUCAAAGCUUUGACUGCAAGCUACCGUCUGAUUUGUGGAAUCUAGAUAUGCAAAUGGAUUUAUUGAAUUCGCAGAAAUUUUAUUUCAAUCUUCAACCGGAUGUAGCUUCAACAAAAAAUCGGUCAAAUUUAAAUGAUACUAAUGGAGCCCUUGAAAACGGAACUGUACCGUCAAGUUUACCAAAUCAACCUCCUGCAUUUUCAUCAGAUGCGAGUAAUUGUUCCAAUCCCUUCAGCUCUGCGCCCACAAUGAGCACAGGCUUAACACCAUUCAUAUCUGGAAAAUAUGAUUCACUACAUGAAAAUCUAUCAAUAAAACAAUCUGACGAAACAAUAAUGACACGUUUGACUCCAUCAAUAAUGUCAUCAAUCUCAUCCUUAUCAUCAGGUUCUACCUCGAAAGAUAUUGAUCAUUGUACAGAAAGUGUUCAACACAAACAACAUAACAACAGAAAUGGCGAAAUAGACAAGAAAUACGCAAUCCAUAAAUCAAUCUCAAACUCAUUAGAAAAUAAUUUAUUCAGUAAUGCAAUAAAUCAUGAUAGUCAUGAUUUUAUUGGCACAAAUUCUGAGCGUAAUUUUCAAGAAUUUAAUCCGGUUCUACAAAAUUUAUCAGCAGCAUCAAAUAACAAUAAAAUGAAUUUAUUAACUAAUGGAUUAUUAGGGUCGGAUUUAAUCAAUAAUAAUAAUCAUAACAAUAAUAAUGAUCACAAUAAUACUAGUAAUCCUGUGAAUAAUGACAGAGAUCAUUUGAACACUUUAAACAAUGAUGAUUCUUAUAGAAUACAAUCACAGAAUGAUACAACAAUCCCUAUGAUGAUCAUGAAUUCAACAUCGUCAUCAUCAUCAUUUUAUCCACAGAAUUAUUCAUCAAUGCUCUUGUCACAUGCACAAACCUAUUCUAGUUAUUUAUCUAAUAAUAUGAGCAUAUCAAAUAAUUUAUUAUCGUUUGACGCGCAUCAGAACAACUUGAAGUAUAGUCAUGCUAACAAUAGUAAUAAUAAUCUAGAUCAGUUAAAUUAUAUGUCAAAUUCAUAUCCGAAUAUGUUUACUCAUUCAACUGGUAGGUCAAUUUCUGAAAUGAAUCGUUCCACGAAUUUUUCUACAUCAAAUUUAAUUGAUACUACAGUCACAUCACAGUCGACAAUUCCGUCACAUCAUCAACAACAACAUGAUAGUUUAUCGCCAAUUGUACAACAGAAAACAGAAUUAUCAUGUUACUUAAAUAAUAAUCAAUGGCCAAGUACUGCCUCUCUAUCGACUAAUCAAUUCACAUCUAAUUUGAAUACUAUCAAUCAAUAUGCUACAUUUCCUUCAAGCUGGACGAAUAAGUUAAAACAUUUUGAUUCUUCUGCAUUGCAAGUGGACAAUAACAUUAAUACUGCUAAUAAUAAUAAUGAUUCUUUAUCUGGUUCUUCAGAUGAAGAUCUACAGCAUCAUCCACAUUCUCAUCCACAUUCGGAAUCACAUGAUAGACAAUUUAUGAAUUGUUUACGAGGCUCUACUCACUUAAAUCAUAAUGAAGAAACAAAUACUGAUCAGUCAUCAAUUUUACAUAGUGCUAGUCAUCAAUUAAUCUAUAAUCUUCCCAGUGAUAUGAACAUUCCGAAUUAUACGCAUAGAGAGUUAGGCUUACAAGAGUCAUUGAAUUCGACGAAGUCAAUGUUGUAUCCAGUUCACUAUGAUCAGCAUCAGCAUCAACAUCAUUCAAAGUAUAACACUACAUUUUCAACUAGUAAUAUUGGCGGCAAUACAUGCAUUGGAACUGAUGAUAAAGAUGAUGUUAGUCAUAAUAAUAGUAAUAACAAUAAUAAUAAAACUAGUUUGUUAUUUUUUAAAUCACCAUCAACAGAUUUACUGACAAAAUCCACUGCUACAUUUCAAUAUCAUACAUAAUUCAUCAACAGUGAAAAUACAUUUUCUUGACAAGUUUUACAUUUAAAUUUUUUGUCUUGCUAUCUUUUUCUUGAAUUUUCCUAUCCUCCUUGUGUUUGUAUAUAAGUAGAAAUUUGAUAUUUCUUGAGACAGAAAUCUCUCUCUCUCUCUCACUCCAUAAGUGAGAGUUAUGAUAACAGCUACUAAGAACACUACUUACUGCUCAUCUUCUUUCAAAUGAAAUCAGUUCUUUCAUCACUGUUCCCCUUAAUGUAUCUUAUAAUCGAUUUAACUGUCUCUAGAAAAGCCAACUGCUAGCUGUUUGUUGAUAACUAAAUAUGCUUCCCUAUUAACAUAGUAUGCGUUUAAGCAUACAUUGAAAAGGACAACACAAACUGAAGUGAUCUGAUAAUCGGUCAGAAAUUCAACAAAAUUUUUCACUAUGAUAUCAUUAUGAUGUAUAGUGUUUUUGCAAAUAUUUUUGUGUAACCAAUGACAAGUAACUGGCAAACAGAUUCAUAAUUUCAAUAAUGAGAAAAGUAUAACUUAAAAUGAAUGAACCAACCAUUUAUUGAUGCAUUGUACAAAAGUAAUGAUAAUCAUGACUGAAUGUGAAUUUACUCAAAAACAAGAGUGAAAUUUAAUUAUUUGUUCGUUUGGCAUAAGGAGUUUUCUGUGACAAAGUUUUGUUUUUGUUUUGAUUUAUGUAUUUCUUCUUAUCUUUGUCUAUCUUUGUCUCUCACAUUAUUAUAACUUAUUUCAAGCGGAGAACAGGGUACUUACUAAUAAUAUUAGUAACCAUCAAAAAUAUUCUGAUUAAAAAAAUAUCAAUAUUGGUAAAACUGGAGAAAAAAAGAAAAGAAUGGC